UUUUCAGACGUUGUGAGUUACGCAAACAGCAGGAGACAGUUGCUGUUUAACGUUCAGCUGGCAAAGAUUGGGUUGAUGACUUCGCCAACAAGAUGCGCUCUGUGCCAGGCACGUGCCACGCAACUGUGUGGUGCAUGCCGCAAUGUGGUCUACUGCUGCCGGGAGCACCAGAAGGAGCACUGGAAACAGCACAAAUGGGAGUGCAAGUGCCACGAGGUGGACACCAAUGAAUUACUGGGCAGACAUUUGGUUGCCACACGAGACAUCCGAAUGGGAGAGCAAAUCUUGCGGGAGGCUCCUGUAGUUAUUGGUCCUAAGGUGGCAUCUCCUCCCAUUUGCCUGGGCUGCCACAGAAAUCUGCUGGCACCAGAGAAGCGUUGGGGAAACUUUCACAAAUGCAGCUCCUGCAGUUGGCCGAUGUGCAGCAUAGAGUGUGAGCAAUCUCCAUAUCAUCAGGAAGAGUGUCGUCUAAUGGCUGCCAGCAACUUUCAGUCAAAGAUCAACUACAAUCCCGUGGAGCCGGAGCGAAAAGAGUCCGCCUACUGUGUCAUCAUGUUACUGCGUUGCUUGCAACUGAAAAAGUCCAAUCCGGCGGCCUUUGCCCGACUCAGCGAGCUCGAGGAUCAUCUCAAGGAGCGCCUCGACACGCCACUCUACCAAGUGCUGCGUGCCAAUCUCAUCACCUUUAUUAAAACUGUCCUCGGUCUGCGGGAUUGGCCCGAGAUGGAGAUCCUGCGCAUCGCUGCGAUCCUGGAUACCAACGCCUUUGAGGUGAGACAGAACAGUGAGCGAAGGAAAGUACGAGCCCUUUUUCCGAGUGGUGCAAUGAUCGCCCACGAUUGUGUGCCCAACCUACGACAUCGAUUCGAUGACGACAUGAACAUUGUCUUCCUGGCCAAGCGGAAUAUUGCAAAGGGCGAAAUUCUGAGCAUAUCCUACACACAGGCUCUGAGAAGCACCGUCCAAAGGAGGCUGCAUCUUAAGCAGGUCAAGUGCUUCGAUUGCACCUGCGCCAGAUGCUCGGAUCCGACGGAGCUGGACACCUUUGCCGGCUCACGCAUGUGCGAAAAGUGCAAAGUGGGAAAGUUCAUCUCAUUGAAUCCUCUUCAAAACACUGCCAACUGGAAAUGCCAAUUGUGUAAUAUUGUCAAGAGUGCCAAGGAGGUGCUCACUCAAGAUGCCAAUCUGCAACAGGAAAUUGAAGAGCUGGACAAGACAACUCCUGAAGCUCUAGAGGACUUUCUUUAUCGCCAUCGCGUGGAGUUGCAUGAAACAAAUACUCACAUAUUACAGGUGAAAUACGCACUGACUCAACUGUAUGGAAAUGCGCCAGGAUUUGCUAUGGAAGAACUCAGUGAAAAGUCGCUUCAACGCAAAAUGGAUCUUUGUGAGGAACUGUUGCAGCUUUCGAAUCUAAUCGAUGGCGGUUGGAGCAUAUUUCGUGGCAAUUUGUUAAUUGACUUGGAGGAUGCAAUUGUGACGCAGGCAUUGCACUUAGAAGAUGCCACUGAGUGCCAAGCGAAACUUAAAAAAGCCGCCGAGUUGCUAAAGGAGAUUGCAAACAUUAUGAAAGAUGAACCGGAAAUGCAACAAUUGUUAACGGAGCGCCAACUGAUAUUGAAUUCAGCUUUGAGUCGUUUUUCGAUCGCUGUUGAAUAAGUAUAAUUUACUUGAUUCGUUUUCAGACACAUGACGCAUAUUUUUGGAUUAUUUAUUCUAAGAAAUAUAUCAAAUACAAAUCACAAUAAAACGCGCA